AAAGAUCAAACUUCUGCCCCCUGUAUUGGAAGCACUGAGUCUCAACCUCUGGACCACCAGAAGGCUGCCCUCUGCUCCUGAUCACCGGGCUCUCUGUAGCUCUGGACCCCCUGGCAGGACUGAAGCAGAAAGAGAGAGGAGGCUGUUACCAGGACCAGACCAGCACCCUCCCUGGAGACUGCAGGGGUCUCAGGAGCCCAGAUCAGGAGACUGAGACUCUUGAAGCAUCGAAGCUGUCACCUCAGUGUCUCCACACAGGCUCAGCCUCAAGAACAAAGAAGGACCUCCCAGGAGAAACUGCUCUCCCCAGUAUUCCCAGUGCCUGUCCUUUGAGAGGAGGCUCAGCCUGGAGCAUGCCGCAGGAUGGGAUCAGCAGUGUGAACCAGCUGGGGGGGCUCUUUGUGAAUGGUCGGCCCCUGCCCCUGGAUACCCGGCAACAGAUUGUGCGGCUGGCUGUCAGCGGGAUGCGGCCCUGUGACAUCUCCCGGAGCCUCAAGGUAUCUAAUGGCUGUGUGAGCAAGAUCCUAGGGCGUUACUACCGCACAGGUGUCUUGGAGCCCAAGGGGAUUGGGGGAAGCAAGCCACGCUUGGCCACACCGCCAGUGGUGGCACGAAUCGCCCAGCUCAAGGGGGAGUGCCCGGCCCUCUUCGCCUGGGAGAUCCAACGCCAGCUCUGUGCAGAAGGGCUUUGCACCCAGGACAAGACUCCCAGUGUCUCCUCCAUCAACCGAGUCCUGCGGGCAUUGCAGGAGGACCAGAGACCGCCCUGGAUACAUCUCAGGUUGCCAGCCGGUUUGGGUCCAAUUCCUCGAACUCCGCCUAGUGACUCUGAGGCUCCCCGGGGUCCCCACCCAGGAACUGGCCACCGGAAUCGGACGAUCUUUUCCCCAGGACAAGCCGAGGCGCUGGAGAAAGAAUUCCAGCGUGGGCAGUACCCUGAUUCAGUGGCCCGUGGGAAACUGGCUGCAGCCACCUCUCUGCCUGAGGACACGGUGAGGAUCUGGUUUUCCAACCGAAGAGCCAAAUGGCGCCGACAAGAGAAGCUCAAGUGGGAGAUGCAGUUUCCAGGUGGUUCCCCGGGUCUGACUGUACCAAGUGCCUCCCCAGGAAUCUUCUCUGCACAGCAGUCCCCCGGCAGUGUGUCCACAGCAGUCCUACCUACCCUGGAAUCCUUGGGUCCCUCCAGCUAUCCGCUGUGCUGGGGGACAGCAUCUGAGGGGUGUCUGAGUGACACCUCACCACAAGCCUGUCUCCAGUCCCGCUGGGGCUACCUGCCCCCCACAGCUGAGCUCCCUGGACUCCAUCCUGCUUUGCCAUCCUUGCCCUUCCUUCCGCUGCCCCCAUCGCCAGUCUUGGUGCCCAUCAGGCCUUGCACUGGCCUGGCUCCCCAGUGCGAGGUCUGGGAUGAGGGAGGAGGCUCAGUGUGGAAGGGAGAUGUGGUGGGGAGGAUCUGACCCCACUUG